AAGUUGAAUAAGAAAUAUUUUCCUGAUUACCGUGGUCCCUUUAGUGGUGUACAUAGGUCGCCAACUAUCGAUAAUGGCUAUAUGCAUGACGUACAGACAUCCUACAACUUCCCGCUUUACAAUAGUGCGCAGUAACGCACCGGUAGGAGAUGAGUACAUGGCAGUUUCAAGCAGGUUGUAUCGAUUAUUUAUCUUAAUUUGCCCGGGCUGCCAUUUUGACUGCUGUAUGAUAGCCGACGCCUUGAGAAAAUAUCUUUAUCAUCAAUACUCUUAGAGGACGCGUGCAAGCUGCGUGAACUUGGGUGAACUUUCACUGAAACACCUUGGAACGACCUCACGCACCACUACAUGAUGGCUAGUCCUAAAUCCAAUUCCGAGGUCCACAAAAGACUCUUUCUCUAUUCACAUCCUCGGACCAGAUCGAACCUGUUUAUGCGCUUGUUGGAAACCCAUCCUCAGAUGGUAACGAAACAGUACCCGUUCAUGUUUGCCUUCCAAGCUGGACCCGAGGCCCAAUGGUCGGAGGAAAAGAGGGCCCUACGGAUUCAAAGUUCUCAUAUGUCGAAAGAAGAAGCUGAUAAGAAAUCAUACCAGGCAGGCUUAGAUGAAAUGGAAGGGUUGCUGGCAAAAGCCAAUGAAGAGGGAAAGAUUUGUACAAUCAAAGAACACACUGUUCAUCUGUUUGAAUCCAAGUUUGUAAACGCAAACAUCAGCUCUUCUCGCCAUGAAGUGCCUCGACCCGUCAUCGUAGAUCGCAAAUUAGACGUGACAAACUCUGGAGAGGCGGACGUCCCACUUCCUGUUCCCAAUCCUACUCUACUGCCUGACCGUUUACUUGCGUCUAUGUCGCCAAUUAUCAUCAUUCGACACCCUAUAUUCACGUAUACCAGCUAUAUACGCGCAGCAUCCGUAUUUGGGGGUACCGGGAUUGAUUCGGAAUUUCCGUUGAUGGCGACCUACCGCUGGCAGAGGAUUAUUUAUGACUUUUAUCGGGAAUACUACGAUAAAACUGAUUUAGAGGGGAGGAAACACUGGCCGAUUGUUAUUGAUGGAGACAAGUUGGUAGAGGAUACGAAAGGACAGAUGGAGAAAUUCUGUGCAUUGACUGGAAUAGACGAGACCCAGAUUCAGUACUCUUGGAACGCGUCGAAUGAGCCCGUAGAAGGUGUCUAUCGAGCUUUCGUGGGCACAAUCAAGGAAUAAUACCUUCGUUAAGAAAUCUUCGGAACCUUUGAAUGUAGAGGAGUAUGUGGAGAAAUGGACGGAAGAGUUUGAUGAGACAGUGGCGCAACGAUUAAAGGAAGCAGUAGAAGCAUCCAUAGAGGAUUACGAGUAUCUUUUCAAAGCUAGUAUAUGAACAAUACAUCUAUCAUUUGUCGUUGUAGUUGUUAGAGCGUUA